AUCAGCACCAGAUUGAGUCUUGAGGUUGCCGUGUGUGACCAAAUGUGCCUCAGUACUGAGCAUCUUUGAUCCUGCACAGACGUGAUUUUUUUUACUGCGAAACCUAACAACCCACUCUCUCAUCCCUUUAUCCAGAUCCUACUCCUGUUUUGUCCCCAUUCCUUUAUCCAGAUCCUACUCCUGUUUUGUCCCCAUCCCUUUACCUAGAUCCUACUCCUGUUUUGUCCCCAUCCCUUUACCCAGAUCCUACUCCUAUUUUGUCCCCAUCCCUCUAUCCAGAUCCUACUCCUGUUCUGUUCCUGACUUGAAGAUGUCAGAAUCCAGACAGUGUUUUUGUCUCUUUAUCUGAUUCUUAUAACUGUGUUUUUAUUAUCUUCCCAACAAUGUCUGGUGAUAUUCUCACACCUUGGCUCACAGACCAUCAGAGCUGUCCAGAUAUUAAAGGACCUUUCAUUGCUGGAGCUCCAAAGAAGAUCAGGAGCACCAUUCGCAGACAUAACAAUGCCACUCUUCUGACCCAAGAGCAGUUCCAACUUUUAAGCUCUCUGGAGAAUAUUUACAUCAAUAAUAACAUUCCCUGGAAAUCUUACCUUGAACUGAAGACCUAUCAGAUAAAAGCAGAAGUCCUGCUAAAUCAAGGCCUCACAGAGGAAGCACUUGUGAUGUAUCACAAAUUUUCAACACUCUUUAUGGAGAAACUCAGAAAAGGCCCGAAUAAGUGUCUUUCAGCUCGAAUAAGAUCCAAAAUCAACAAGACUAUAAAUAACAUUUUUGAAAAAUUUGAGAGCCUUAAAUUCACACUCCGAAGAAAUCAUACUAAGGAGUAUGAAGGCUACCUAGAUAAGAUGAAAAGAAAAGAGGAAGAGGCAAAAAACAAGGGGUUCGGGAAGCAUAGAAAAUAUCAUAGACGAAACUCCCGAGACUUCCCCAAAUUCAACUCUCUUCUACAAAGACUUAUGAGUCGUGGAAAGGUGGGCCCCAGCCUGACACCAACAUCUACAAAGUCUGAAGAGCCUUCAGGAGGAAGCACACCUGUGAAACAAACAGUGGUGUGUGGCCCACAGGAAGCCAUCGAGGAGAUAACCCCCACCCCUUCAGCAGACACUCCUGGGGAGACUAAGGUGGCGAAAAGCCCAGGUGAGUCACCACAGGUCCAUGACUUGGAAAUGACUUGUGUAUAAGUGUUUCCCAUUGCA